GUUGUAAAAACUAUCAUAUCUUCUAUUUAUAGUUGCUUAUAGAGCUGAACAAGAGACUUCUCAUCACACAAGUUGAGAAAUAAUAUGAUGGAGCGAACUCAAAGAAGAGAGGAAGAGAAAUCUGAAAUGUCAAUUACGAAGAAGAAGAAGAAUAAAAUAAAUAAGAGCAGGUUCAGUGAUGAACAAAUCAGAUUACUGGAAUCAAUCUUCGAGUCAGACACAAAGCUUGAACCAAGGAAGAAGUUGCAACUAGCAAGAGAGCUUGAGCUUCAGCCUCGCCAGGUUUCUAUAUGGUUUCAAAACAGAAGAGCUAGAUGGAAAUCAAAACAAAUUGAGCAUGAUUAUAAAAUACUCAGAGCUAAUUAUGAUAGCUUAGCGUCUCGUUUUGAAUCCUUAAAGAAAGAGAAAGAAUCCUUGCUCUCUGAGUUGCAGAUGGUUAAUGAGCUCCUUGGAAAAGCUGAUGAUGGAAAUAGUGAUAUCAAGGAUUUAUUGAAAGGAAGUUCAGGCAAGUGUGAGGAAGAAUUGAGGCGUAAUACUAAUAGCAUUGACAGUGGCCACUCCGGAUUAAUGAACUUUGAUGGUGGCUUCGAGUCUUCUGGUCUAUUAGAUCCAUCAUGCACCAACUCACACUGGUUAAACUUCUGGGUUUGAAAAACUGGUCUUCAAAUCGCAUCUUCAACAGUUAAUAAAUUAAUUAUACGAUGUUUGUUUGAUAAAAUACAAUUUUGGGAAGUUGAUACAUGCAUGUUUGGUUUGGCAGUCAGCUGAAAUGCGUAAAGAGAGAGUGAUAUUAGAUUUAUCAUUAUAUAUCGUAGUUUAUGAAUCAAAUUAAACAUGAUCCUGAUGACACAGCGCAAACUACAAUUCACAACCCAAGUUAAUAAGCUUUUAUGAUGAAAAAAUGUUAUAUUUAAUUUAGGCUCUCGUUUAUGGUUUUCUUUUAAUUUAUUUUUCAUUAUGCUUCUCUUGUCAUAUACUUUACUGUGUACUUAAUUAAUAAAUGAAUGGUUAGGACUCUUUUGCGCCUUUGUGGUGUU